GUCCUGAAGACUCUGUUCGCGGAAGCAGCGGGCGGAAGUAGCUUGGACGGUGUCGUUUGUGAAAGGAAGGGAAAACUGCAGAAUUUGACUGAAAACGCGACCAAAUCGCUGCUUUUUUCUGCCCCCAUCCCUCCUCGUCACCGUGAGCGGCAAUGAUCCUGUUAGAAGUCAACAACCGCAUCAUCGAAGAGACGCUGACGCUGAAGUUUGACGGCGCAUCAAACGGAACCAAACCAGAAGCUGUCGAUGUGACUUUUGCAGACUUCGAUGGCGUCUUGUACCACAUCUCCAACCCCAAUGGGGACAAGACCAAACUGAUGGUCAGCAUCUCCCUGAAGUUCUACAAGGAGCUGCAGGAGCACGGCGCCGAUGAGCUCCUCAAGAGGAUCUAUGGGAACUUCCUGGUCUCAACAGAAGCCGGCUACAACGUGUCUCUGCUGUACGACCUGGAGGCCCUGCCCGCCAACAAAGACGACGUGAUCCACCAGGCGGGGAUGCUGAAGAGGAACUGCUUCGCCUCGGUGUUCGAGAAGUACUUCAAGUUCCAGGAAGAAGGCAGAGAGGGCGAGAGCAGGGCGGUGGUGCACUACAGGGACGACGAGUCCAUGUAUGUAGAGGCCAAGAAAGACCGGGUGACGGUGGUGUUCAGCACCGUGUUCAAAGACGACGACGAUGUCAUCAUCGGGAAGGUCUUCAUGCAGGAGUUCAAGGAGGGCCGCAGGGCCAGCCACACGGCCCCCCAGGUGCUCUUCAGCCACAGGGAGCCUCCUCUGGAGCUGAAGGACACGGACGCCGCCGUCGGGGACAACAUCGGAUACAUCACCUUCGUGCUGUUCCCGCGCCACACCAACGCCAACGCCAGAGACAACACCAUCAACCUCAUCCACACCUUCAGGGACUACCUGCACUACCACAUCAAGUGCUCCAAGGCCUACAUCCACACCCGCAUGAGGGCCAAAACCUCCGACUUCCUGAAGGUGCUGAACCGGGCUCGACCCGACGCCGAGAAGAAGGAGAUGAAGACCAUAUCCGGAAAAACCUUUUCCCGUUAAGGCCGACCCAAACGCUGAAGCUCGGCGCCGCGUUGGACUCCUCCACACGUUUCCUCCCAAAAAGCCUCCAUUCUCUCCUCUGUUUGACGCUCCGUCAUGUUAACGCCAACAUGGAAAAAGGCUCAUGAAAAAUGGAAAAAAGGGCAUUUUCUGCUUUGCUUAGCUAAAGAGAAUUAUUAGUCAUAAAUAGAUUAUAAAUAUAUAUAUAUAUAUGAACAUUUUUGAUAGGAAUUUCUCCUCCAUUUGGUACUGGCUCGCCCUUCAGCCCUGAACACACGGGUCCAUGUGUGUGAGAGGAUUUCCUCUCUGUGCUUUCAUGUCGUCUGAACUGUUGGUCCAAAAUAAAUCAGAAGAAAAUUCUGGCUCCUUUCAA